UGCUUAAAAACAAAAAUAUAUGCUACGAAUAUUUAUAUCCCCAAGUCUCGCAUGCUCUCAACAAUAAUACAGAACAUAUAACACAGCUUUAAAGGUUAAAUUACCGACGGAGGAAUAUUUUAGACAGUUUCAGGUCGUGCACGUAGCCUAGUUCAAACUAAAGGACCAUCGGAGAGAAUUUGCAACUGGCAUUGAUAACGGGUUGACGAAAUCAAGAGUGCAAAUUUUGCAUUUCCUGACAAUCCCUCGAUUUAGAGGGAUCGUCGACCGCAAGGAUUGUCUAUAGUAACACAGACUGGCUCAGCAAGUAGAGCCACGACAGCUUCUGCCAAGGACCAUCAUCGCGCACAAUCGCGAGGGUCGCGAAGGAUACUCCACCUAUCCUCCACAUACACAUAUAUCUCGUGAAGUAGCUGCCCAAGGCACCCACGCAGACAGUCCAAUGUAUCCCGGUUCUCGCGCCGGAUGCUCUGCGAGUAGUAAGUGCAGUACCAGCGAGGCUGACCCGGACGCUACGUCAUGUCGCUACCACGCGAGUGGAGCCUUCAUCAUAACCAGCAGCAGCUCAAUCAGACUUUGGAGGAUCGCCACGGCUGCAGCCGCUCGAUCGGCGACACGGUCCUGUCGCCGAUCGUCACGACGUCGUCACAGGAGAUGGUCGGACCGGCCAUCAUCGACGAGAAUAUGAACCAGCAUCACAACCAGCUGGGAUCGCUCUUUUCCAUACAUUCGGCACCCGUGUACGACGUGUGUAACGGUGGCUCCAACUCACCAACCGGGCCAGCAUCGUUGGUCGUGCAGGCGACGGCAACGUCGACGCCGAUUGUUCCGCCGCAUCUGAGCCCACCCGAGACAUUGGAGGAUGAAGACAACGACAAUCUCCUGACGAUCUCCUCACUCACGGCUCGACCACUGAUCGCCAAAUCGCGUGAGCUUGGUAAACGUACCGGCGUCAGCUGCAGGUUAACCAAGAAGAAAGCUAAGAAGGCCAAGAGAGAGGAGGCGAGGAGGCGACGACGCAGACUCAGGAAAAUCACCUUCGAGCCCCUUGACGGGGGCUACGGCUGGGUCGUGGUCUUCGGGGCCUUUUUCGUGCAGUUUUGGGUGGCGGGCCUCGUGAAGUCCUAUGGGGUAUUAUACGUCGAGGUUAUGGAGAGGUUCAACGACUCCUCGGCUUCCGUCGCAUCCUGGAUACCGGCGAUACUUGCCUGUCUUUGCUUGGCUUUGGCUCCUAUAACAAGUAUGUUAUGUCAGAAAUACAGCUGCAGAGUUGUUGUCUUUGUUGGUGGUCUUUUUUGCUCUUUGGGUUUGAUUAUUAGUUACUUUGCUACAAGCCUGAUCCACCUUUUCUUUACUUUCGGUGUUCUGACUGGAAUCGGCGGAGGACUGUCGACAACGCCGGGCAUCAUCCUCGUGUCGCAAUACUUCGACAAGCAUCGGGCCCUGGCCAAUGGGAUCUGCGUGUCCGGCACCGCCGCCGGCAGCAUCGUCUUCCCCAUGCUGAUCGAGUACCUUGUGGCGAGUUUCGGAUUCCACGGCACCUUUCUCAUCCUCGGCGGCUGCAUGCUCCAUGUAUGCGUGAGCGCGAGCCUCUACCGGCCCCUCGAGCAAAACUACGCCCUGGAGGCGAUGUUGGACGCGGAAUCCGGCUCGAAGGAGAAUCCCAGGGAACCCGUGUCCGCCCCUACCAACAGGCAGAAGCUCGAGAUGCUCUUCGCCCACGACCAGAUUGCCAAGAACAACAUGCUCAACGAGCUCUUCCACCAGAACGUCCGCUUAGCGAUCGAACUGACAGAUAGCGAAGAGGAAAAGGACAUUAUGGGAGAGGGACUGAGUACAAAGCCAAUUUCAAAGAUACGCAGCUCGAGUAUAUUACACAGCGUUGAGGACUUGUCAACCGAUUCAACUUGCUUCUACAAAUCCCGCUCAUCACAAAGGUCUCUCAGAUCAUCGGCCCUGGCGGUCUGCCCUGGGGUACGCGACAGCUAUACCGAGAGCCAAGCGCAACCCGAGCCACCGAUCUCGAUGACGACGGCCGACCAGUCGGCCUCCAAGGAGUCUCUCGCCCAGCGCUUCAUCACCCGUUACAUCGAGCUCGGGCUGCUGCGGGAGCCGCGCUUCAUCAUGAUGUGCCUCUCGGUGACCCUGAUGUCGACCGGCAGCCCCUACAUGCUCUACUAUCUGCCGGCUUAUGUGCACGCGCGCGGUUACACCAAGCCCGAAGCCGGCUACCUCGUCGCCAUUUCGGCAACUUUUGACCUCUGCGGUAGACUCGGCCUUGGUUGGCUCUCCGAUCUCCAGCUCUUCGAUCGCCGGAAAGGAUACAUCGGCAGUAUUGUGGGAGCUGGAGUGGCAGUGUUGGUGAUCCCAUUAGCCCAUUCCUUUUACGUUCUCGCCUGCUCCGUCGGUAUGUACGGCCUCUGCCUCGGCUGCUGGUUCCUUCUGGUUCCCGUUCUAUUAGCCGACCAAUACGGCACCGAUAAAAUAUCAUCGAGCUACGGACUCGUGCGAAUGUUCCAGAGCAUUGGUGCCGUUUCCAUUCCACCCCUCGCCGGAUUCAUGCGCGACGUAACCGGUAGCUACAACAUCUGCUUCCUGUUCAUGGGAACUUGUAUGGUUCUCGGUAGUUUACCACUUCUUCUUGUACCGGACGACGUCACCUGUAAAAGCACAGCGAUUAAAGUAUCGAGCGCCUCCGAGGUCGAAAUAUCCGAGGGCAAAAACUCAUCGACCCUUACGAAAGAAUAAGUUGAGCGUGCUAUUAUUUUACUUCAUACGAUGUAUUUUGACGAUUCGUAUUACUGCACAUUCACUAGAAUUAUGUUGAUGCUUUUGGAAAAAGUGAAAUACAAGGCAUCGAGACGAUUCCUUUUAUUUAGGUCAAAUAGUAUUGUAAUGUUAUCAUUGAAUGAAAAAAGUACUUGAUUUAUUGAAACGUACACGGUAAUGAUAC